UUCCGAUCUAAUCACAAUGUCCGCCGCCUCGCCGGAACCCUUGGCGGUCACCCGCGUCGCCGGCGACGGCAGCAGCUGGUCGUCUUCUUCAACCAUUGUCGGCAUGGUAACCACACGGACUUUCCAUGUCCGUGUCGACAAUUACUCCAAGACCCGGGAGAUGAGAAACGGCGCGCACAUGUUGUCCAGCUCCUUCGUCGUCGGAGACCAGCCAUGGAAGAUCAAGUAUUACCCCAACGGGUCCAACGAGUCGGCGACGGGUCAAAUAUCUAUCUUCCUUGUGCGUGUUGGUGGCGUCGAUCUUGGUCUGCUCGCCGAUGUGCAGUUCGAUCUGAUCGCCCAACCUGCCGGAACGGCCGCGUACGCACUCCGGUUUAAGCACGCUUUCCGGCCAGACACGUCCUACGGCUACGCAUCGUUCGUCUCGCCGGAGAAGCUGGAGGAGCUGGGGUGUCUCAAGGACGACAGCUUCACGAUCCUGCUCGACGUCGAGCUGGAGGGGCCACCUUUCGUCGUCGAGGUGCCACCGUCGAGCCUGGGCUGGCACCUUGGCGAUCUCCUCGGGGAGACGGAGGGCGCGGACGUGGCGUUCGUCGUCGGCGGCGAGAGGUUCCCGGCCCACAGGCUGGUGCUCGCCGCCCGGUCGCUCGUCUUCAAGGCGCAGCUGCUCGGCCCCUUGAAGGUGGAGAAGGGCGCCACCAUAAGCAUCGACGACAUGCACGCCGACGUGUUCCGGGCGUUCCUACACUUCAUCUACACCGACGAGCUGCCGGACGACGACGACGACGACAACGACGACAGCGCGGCUGCGAUAAUGGCGCAGCAUCUGCUGGUGGCGGCCGACAAGUACGACAUGCCGAGGCUGAGGUUGAUGUGCGAGAGCAGGAUGUCGAAGCGCGUCUGCGUGAGCACGGCUGCGACCACGCUGGCGUUGGCGGAGCAGCACGGCUGCCAUGGCCUCAAGGAGGUGGUUCUGAGGUUCCUCAAGCUGCCGUCCCACAUGAAAGCUGUGAGAUGCACCGAAGAUUAUAAGCAUUUGUUGAAAAGCUGCCCUUCUAUUCAGCAAGAGCUCACAUCAAGUGGCCUUCUUCCGUAAUCCGGUCGGUACCACAAAUAAAUUAGGGUUUUUUUGGAUGUUAACCGGCCAAUCUUAUGCGGUAUGAAAUUUAUUUGUUUUGUUAUUUGUUAAUACUAUACUUAUACUAUAUUCUGAUAGAUAUUAAGGGACAAAAGGGUCAAAAUUGCUUUAGUAUACUAUAU